AUGCCGCUACACCUUCUCGGAAAGAAAUCAUGGAAUGUCUACAAUCCGGACAACAUCGAGCGUGUAAAGCGAGAUGAGGCACGGGCCAAAGCCCACGAAGAGGAGGCUGAGCGUCGUAUGCAGGAAAUUGAUGCUGAACGGCGCAUUCGGAUAUUACGAGGCGAAGGUUCCUGCUCGCCUCCUCCUCCUGCUUUGCCUCCUCGGUCGCAAAUCGGCAUAUCAUCCAGCCUCGGCUCCGGAGGGAGGCCUGCCGACAACGCAGCGCAGCCACGCAAGAGGCGACGGCUCGCGGGAGAGGAUGAUACGGAUCGGGAUAUCAGGGUAGCUCAAGAGCGUGCCAUUGACGCCAGAAAUGCGAGAGAUAGACUCGCCCUUGUGCCUCGACACGGUGGGAAGGAUACCGAAACGCCGUUGCUGGAUAAGACCGGCCAUAUCAACCUUUUCCCCUCAGAAAUCGAUAAUCGGAGGGUAGAGAGAAAUGCUGAAGCUGAAGCCGAGGCUGCGGACAAGAAAAAGCGCUAUGAAGACCAGUAUACGAUGCGCUUUGCCAAUGCCGCUGGCUUCAAGGAAGACAUUGGUCGCCGUCCCUGGUAUUCCUCUUCCGGGCAGGACGUGACGGCUCCGGGUUCGAUGCCAGAGAAAGAUGUUUGGGGAAAUGAAGAUCCUCGGCGCAAAGAAAGAGAGCAGGCGCGCUUGAGCUCCAACGACCCCCUCGCGGCUAUGAAACGAGGCGUUCAACAAUUGAAAGCCACCGAGCAGGAACGCAAAAGGUGGAAUGAGGAAAAACGAGCAGAGUUGAAAGCACUGGACGCUGAAGAACGCCAUCGAUCAAGGCACCGACGAAGAGACCGCGCUCGUUCAGAGGAAAGUCUAGAGGGAUUCAGCCUUGACAAGACUGCGUCCGGCACCGACACGGAAGUCGAGAUCGUUCCCAUCGACGGCGGCAUCGCUCCUCGAGCCGCUCACAUCAUACUGGAAGAACUCGUAGAGAUCAUAGACAUUCACAGCGGCUAUUCAACUCCCAACCAAGCACCCCCACGGUAUGAUUGCGACAGCUACGGCCUCGCCCCAACCUCCAGGACCAGUUGGGCCCACGACAACGAUGUAUCCAUGACUGACGCAUAUAACGAAAUAAGCUCAUAUGGGGGACCACCACAGCAGAUGCCGGCACGGCCGUCUGUUGCAGGACGGCCAGGUGGCGGCGCAGUUGGAGGUCAGACAUGGACGCUCCAUCCCAGCAAGAGUCCAAACGAUAACUUCACCUUUGGGAAUCUCGUCGCGGUAUCACCUCAGGAUAUCCCACCCUCGCGAGAUGGCGCCGAUAUUACCCUAUUGAUCAACGACCUCUAUGUCCUCUCUGGUCGGCCCCUCGAGGGCUUCCCUCCUGGCUUCAUGAGCAUGUCGGAUCCGCAAAGAACAUGGGCAGGUGUGGGCAUGCGUGACGCUGUGAAAGUGCAGAUAUAUGAUCCUUUCAGCCAGGGAGGCCAGGCUUACCUGGGAUCCGCGGACAUUGAGGUCAGCUUCGCGUCCACCAAAAAGCGGACCGAAAUUCCGUAUGACCAAGAAGAACUUACAAGUGCAGUCAUCAGGAAUUUCGAAAACCAAAUCUUCGCUCCUGGCCAACGGAUUUUGAUGGACCACAAGAGUAUACCGCUCCUUCUGCUCGUCAAGACCGUCCAAAGAGUGGAUUUGACUUCGGAGAAGGUUGACUUGACAUCUGGGGACAUUGAGACGAGUCCUACGGCCCGAGGAAUUAUCACUCGACACACUCAGUUGAACUUUUUCAAGGACGCUCAAACUGGGAUCAAUGUGAAGCCCUCCAACCGCCGACCGGCGGCGAAUUCCAUUAUCCAGCCUGGGUUCAAAUUCGAAGAUAUGGGUAUCGGUGGUCUUGACGCCGAGUUCAGCACGAUCUUCCGUCGUGCCUUCGCAUCACGAAUUUUCCCUCCUGGACUCGUUGAGAAAUUGGGCAUCCAGCACGUCAAAGGUCUUCUUCUCUACGGACCGCCAGGUACUGGAAAAACAUUGAUCGCCCGUCAAAUUGGAAAAAUGCUCAACGCACGGGAACCCAAGAUCAUCAAUGGUCCAGAAGUCCUGAACAAGUAUGUCGGUCAGUCCGAAGAGAACAUCAGAAAGAUGUUUGCCGACGCUGAGAAGGAGUACAAAGAAAAGGGGGAUGAGAGUGGUCUACACAUUAUCAUUUUCGACGAACUGGACGCUGUAUGCAAGCAGCGUGGAAGUGGCGCAGGUGGUGGCACAGGCGUUGGAGACAGUGUGGUGAACCAGCUCCUGUCCAAAUUGGACGGCGUGGACCAACUCAACAACAUUCUGCUGAUUGGUAUGACCAAUCGUAAAGACAUGAUUGACGAGGCCUUGCUUCGUCCCGGCCGUCUGGAGGUGCACAUGGAGAUCUCACUUCCGGAUGAGAAGGGUCGAAGCCAGAUCCUGAAGAUUCAUACCGAAAAGAUGCGCACCAACAAUGUGAUGGAUACUGAUGUGGAUUUGGAAGAGCUCGCUCAGUUGACGAAGAACUUCUCCGGUGCUGAAAUUGCCGGAUUGGUGAAAUCCGCAUCCUCCUUCGCCUUCUCGCGGCACGUCAAGGUCGGAACUAUGGCUGGUGUGAACGAAGAUGUUGUGAACAUGAAGGUCAACCGGUCCGAUUUCCACCACGCUCUUGACGAAGUCAAGCCUGCUUUCGGUGUCUCCGAAGAGGAGCUGUCAAGUCGGAUCCAAUACGGCGUCAUUCACUAUUCAAACACUAUUAAUGAAAUCCUGCGUGAGGGUGAACUGUUUGUGAAGCAAGUCGGGGUGGCUGAGGCUACUCCUCUGUUCUCUGUGUUGCUUCAUGGCCCUCCGGGCAGUGGAAAGACCGCAUUGGCCGCGCGUAUGGCCAUCGAUUCCGGCUUCCCUUUCAUCAAGUUGAUCAGCCCCGAGGACAUGGUUGGCUUUAACGAGGCGGCCAAAAUCUCCCACAUCAGCCGCAUCUUCGACAGUGCCUACAAGAGUCGCACGAGUAUCGUGGUCGUUGACAAUAUCGAGCGUAUUAUCGAUUGGGUACCUAUCGGUCCUCGGUUUAGCAACAAUGUUCUCCAGGCUCUGAUGGUCUUCCUCCGGAAGCCACCGACCCAAGGCCGUCGCCUGUUGAUUCUAGCCACAACCACCGAGCGUGCCCUCAUGAAGCAGCUGGAUGUUUUCAAUUCUUUCAAUUCCGAUAUCCUGGUGCCGAAUGUUCUAUCAUUUGAGGAGUUGCGAUUCGUGAUGGAGAAAUCAGGCGCAUUUGAUGAACAAGAGAUUUCUCGAGCCCUUGAGGGUGUUGGUGGUCUGGCUGAUGAUAGUCGGCUCAGUGUUGGUAUCAAGAAGGUCCUCCUCGGCAUCGAGACUGCGAAGCAAGACGUUGACAAGGUGGGCCGAUUUGUGCGUGUGAUCAACCGAGCCAUUCAGGAGGAACAGACCUUUGCCUAG